AUGGGGUUUCUAACAGACCAUCCCCACACAUCGAUCACCGAUACAAUUGACCGUGUUGUCUCUGCGAGAGAUUACACACUUGAAGUUGAUCUAGGGACACUAGUUGGGUUAAUCAGAGAUAAUCGAAAUGAAUAUCAGUAUACGACGAACCAAGAGGAGGCGGGCAGAGCACUUCGCAAAAAGCUUAAGUACGGCAAUAAAAUCCAGCAAUCCAGAUCCCUCGAUCUAAUGGAUCUUUUCAUAUCGCAGGGAUUGAAGUUCACUGUGCUGUACAACGAUGACAAGCUCAUUGACAGAAUAGAAGGAAUUGCGCUUGGAAAUGUAUCUGAUUCCAGAGGUAAUAAAUACAGCUCAAAGAUCAUAACAAAAUGCGCUAACUACGUUCUGGGCUGGUACAGUUACAUCAGGAGCACUGGAUUGGAGUCCAGUCGAUGUUAUGCAAGUUUAAACGUAGUGGGCGAAAAAGUUAAGAGACAUUAUUCCCAUAGGAGGCGUGCUGAUGAAAGGUCUAAUUUCAUGGAUGACGGAGCAGAUGAAAGCAUAUACGCUACGUCAGCUGCGAACCCCGAUCAGAUGUAUAGAAUACCACAAUUGGACAUGAAAAAAGCUGCUCCAUCGAUCCGUCUGGUCAUCAGUGAUGGUCUUGCAUCCGCAAUUGCGCUUCAGAACGCAUUGAUGGUCUUGCCCUCAAAUCAAAGAUCUGUGGAUGAUGAGGAGGCAACGGCAAAAUUCAUCCAAGCAAGAGCGUUGAGGAGGAAGGUACUUAGAUAUUUGCAACUGGUCACGGAGGGAGAGUUUUUGGGCAGUCUUAUCCAUGCCAAUGAUGAAUUGGUUAGUGCAUUGACUAGUUACGAUGAGAAAAGUGGCGUAUCUGAGGACACAGACGGCAGCAGUGGCGAUUACGAUUAUAGCGAAGAUGAAAAUCAAGACAGCGAUGAGGAAGAGUCUUUGGAUGACAGGUCCUUAUCAUCAGUGCAGCCAUCCACAUCUUCUAAUCCGUUUGGCGAUCAUAACAGAAUUUAG